AUGGACUUUCGUAUCGUAAUAUGUUUGUGUUUCAGUUUAUUCACAGAUGUUUUCAGUAAAGAAUCAAGAAUUUACGGGGGGAAUCCAGCGGCGAUACAUGAAUUUCCGCAUUUGGUAUCUAUUCGAACCGAUUACUCUAAUCAACAUCUUUGCGGAGGUUCUAUUAUUAGCCAAAGGAAUAUUCUCACUGCUGCGCAUUGUUUAAGGGAUGUACUUAGAUAUUUGGAAGGCGUGAAAGUUUAUACGGGAACGGCAACCGUAAAUGAUAUUUAUGGAAAUGCUGUUCGAAUACAAGAUGUACAUUUACAUCCUCAUUGUGACAUUAUGAAUCCGGAUUCUACAUUCUAUCAUGAUAUUGCAAUGAUUAAGCUGAGUACAAAGAUAGAGUUUAAUAACCUUCAAAAUAAAAUUGCUUUACCAACUCGAGCUCCAAAAACCGGUGAUUUUGCUACAAUCGCUGGUUGGGGAAAAACGGAGUAUGACCUAAUUAAUUCACCAAUUUUAAUGCAAUCGCCUGUGGUUAUUUUAAAUAAUACUGAUUGUGCAUCGCGCGUUCCACUCCCAAUGGGUGACACUCAAUUUUGUACAUACUAUUCUGCUGGAAUAGGUAUUUGCUCUGGUGACGAUGGUGGCUCGGUUGUCAGCAAUGGAGAGCUUUAUGGUGUUAUAUCAUUUUCCCAUGGAUGCGCGCAAGGCAUACCAGAUUCACAAAUUGAAAAUUUCUAG